CGUUCGGGAGGAUCUAUUUUCCGGCCAUCCCGAGGAACGAUGGCCAAAGAAAACAAAUAGGCGAUACUACCCUUGUCGCCAGGACUUACGAAACCACAUUGCCAAGGCGAUUUCAGCAGUGAAGUAUUGCGAUGACGACCAAGAAGCAUUGGGUAAAAAAAUAGAAGAUUGGCAAACUAAGUCUCCCAAAAGCAACUUCUUUUACCGAGCCAGAGACGCUGUCAUUAACGAAAAAGAUUAACCAAGACCUAGAACUCCUGAGGAAACCUUCCUCUUUGUACAUCAAGAGCCAUGGCAACAACGAAUGCUUGAAAGAUAUGGUAGUGAACUGGCCCUGAUGGACGCCACGUACAAAACGACAAGGUACGCAAUUCCACUUUUUUUCGUUUGUGUACAUACCAACGUGGGAUACAAGAUUGUGGCUGAAUUCAUUUGUCAGUCCGAAGAUCAAGCCUUUAUAAGUGAAGCACUUGCCAUAAUCAAGGGAUGGAACCCAGCGUGGAAUCCGGCGUACUUCAUGGUGGAUUAUUCCAAUGCAGAAAUCGCUGCCCUCGAACAACAAUUCCCCAAAAGUUUGGUGUACAUUUGUGAUUUCCACAGAUUACAAGCAAUGCACCGCUGGUCCAAGUCAAAGAAGAAUGGCCUUUCGUCUGCUGAGCAAGAUAUAUUUUUAAAGCAUAUGAAGAGCAUCACCUAUGCUAACACAGUUGACAAAUUCGAAAAGCGAGUGAAUGCCUUGAAAGAAUCCCGGCUUUACAAAGAAAAACCAAAUGUCCAGAACUAUCUAAACAACACGUGGCUAUCAUGCAAAGUUCGUUGGGCACAGGCUUUUCGAAAGCAGCAGGUGACAAACAUAGUUAACACCAAUAACGGCACUGAGGCGCAAAACAAGCUGUUCAAGUACGAAUAUCUUCCGAGAUCAGUUGACAAAUCAGUUUAUGGCAUUGCAACGAUGCUGGUAGAAUCGUUCAUUCCUGACUCGCACAGAAGAUAUUUGGAAAAGAACCUCAAGUUCAGUGAUGCUUAUGGAAGAUAUAAUUCUAGGAUACCGACUUAUCUUCACAACCGACUACCACAGUUUGUUAAACACUGUUUGGACAGUAGAUUUGCCGCUGGUGAAUUCACUGAAGCCGACGUCUCAUCCGUAAACCUUCUGAAAGGCCAAUUCAGCGUGAAAAGCGCAGCCAACGUAAAUAAAAAGGGGCUAGUGGAUUUUUCCUAUCCUAGUUGCACCUGUACUUCCUGGAAAAAAAAGUAA